AUGCGCAACGUCGAAAUUUUGCGAACUGCAUCCAUGGUUGUGGUCAUGGCCUUGAUUUUCGCUUAUCUUCGGAAGCCUCUCGUCGAACAUCACGAAAUCAACGUCCGUAGUCUGCCGUUGAAGAAAUUGGCUUCGGACAACCUGAUACACUCUUCUGUUGUUUGCGUUCCGAGUGCUGUUGGAAAACAAUGCUCAUACCGUAAUUUGCUCUUCUUCAUAGAAGAGCAUGUUUUCGUUUUCGUUUUUGGUGAAAAUUCUCGAUUGCUUGGUAUAACCCUCGAAGAGCUUGGUGGUUUCAACGGCGUGCCCGUGCUUGAUCAUCGAAGCGAACUAAUGCGAGUUGCAGUAUGUUUUGCUGAGGACUUGCAGUUUCUUUUGCCGAAUUAUGUUUUUAGUACGCCCGAAAAUCCGUUAGUUUUCUUUCAUCGAUUCAAACCAGAUAAUUUGAUGCACGUUUUACAUGACGACGUGUUCCCUCUGAUGGCUACGCAGCAAUUCUGGUGCGAGCUUUCCGAGUCGAAAUGUCCUAGUGUUUUUAUCAUCAUUUGCGAUUCCAAAGGUUCUAACAAGUAUGAUAUCAUUUACGAGGCCACCACCGAAGGUCGUGCGAUUAUCUGGAAUGAUUUCUUGCAUGAAAUCGCGCAAUUUCGGGUUAAAAUGCCGAAAGCCGAGAAAGGAACACCGAAGUACAUCGCCAAUAAAAUAAAAGCGAAGGGGUUGCAGAAGUUGAGAUGGUAUUGUCAGAUGUGUCAGAAACAGUGUCGCGAUGAAAACGGAUUCAAGUGUCAUACCUCGUCGGAAUCACAUCAGCGUCAACUACUGCUGUUCGCAGAUAACCCACACAAAUACUUGGAUUCUUUUUCAAAGGAAUUCGAAGAAUCCUACAUGCAACUGGUCAGGCGUUGUUACGGGACCAAACGAGUUAACGCAAACCAGGUGUAUCAGGAGCUGAUCAAGGAUAGAAGUCAUAUUCACAUGAACGCAACCGUAUGGGUUACGCUCACAGGCUUCGUGAAGCACCUCGGCAGAUGUGGGAAAGUUAUUGCCGACCAAACGGAGAAGGGGUGGUUUAUAACCUACAUAGACAGAGAUCCUGAUACAAUUGCAAGGCAAGAAGCCCUAGCAAAGAAGAAAAAGAUGGAGAAAGAUGACGAGGAACGAUUACAGGAGUUCAUUGACAGACAGGUGGAACUUGGUAAGAAGGAAGAAGAAGAUUUAGCCAACGAAGAGAAGUUCACUGAAUUAGUACGACCUCAUGACGAUGAAACUCCCAUCAAACUCGAGUUGAAGCUCUCGGAAAAGGCUCUCAAACGAUCGGCUCUCGUGAAAAAUGAAGACAAUGCUGGUCCAUCGUCUCAGUCAGCAGCGAAAAUGACGAAAUUAGAAGCCGCCACCAGAACAGAUGUGAAAGAUAAGAAAAAAUGGAAGGCCGACCAAAAGCCAAAUGUUCUUGCUGAAAUGAUGAAAGAGAACGAGGAGAGAAAAGAGAAGAUCAAUAGGAAAGAUCAGUGGAUAACGGAAGGAAUUGUGGUCAAAGUGGUUACCAAGUCGUUGGGUGAUCAGUUUUACCGAAAGAAAGGGGUCAUAAUUCAAGUUGGAAAUAAGAAAAAUGCUGAUUUCCCCGAUCCAUAUUGUGCUAUAGUCAAAAUGAACGAUACUGGUGCACGCAUAAAAUUGGACCAGGCUCAUCUUGAAACUGUUAUACCAGCGACCGGUCGUAUUGUGAAAAUUGUGAAUGGUUCCUACCGUGGAGAAGAAGCUAUCCUCCUUUCGAUUCAUGAGAAACUUUUCAGUACAUCCUUGGAAAUCAAGGGAAGCUUUUCGCAGUCGUCCGCGGAUAGUGAGAUUCGUUGGCCCAUGAUGUGUUUGCCCUCGACGAAUGAUCUCGUUGUCAGUGUCGGCGUGCCGGGACGAAGUGCGAACGCAUCCUUCGUAUAA